GUGGAGCCUCCUUUAACUAGACUGUGGUUGCAGCUGCCAGGCAGUCACCUGUGGAAAGGGAUGGCCAGUCAAAGGAUAAGGAAGAGGUGGAGGAGGGGGUCUUUCUCAUCUUUGCUGCUCAUUCUGGGGGCAAUUUCUCUAAUGGGGAUCCAGGCAGCUCACCACAAGCAUGUCAUACAAUUCACGACUGUGGGCACAAGAAGCUCCCUUUUGGACCACUUUAUUGUUGACUUUCUGGAUGAUGUUCAGGUGUUCUCCUAUGACAAACAUAACCAGCAGCUUAUAGCAAAGGAGGCCUGGAUUUCCCAGGCCCUUGGGGCCAAGUUCAUUGCAAAGACUCGGCAGAAGUUAGUAGAUCAUGAGAAGAGUUUCCUUUGGUUCCUGAGUAAGUUCGUUCAGAACAAUACUAAGCAUGAUGUAAACCACACGGUACAGGUCUUUAUACUCUGUGAGAUUGAGAGGAACAAUCAGAUAGGAAAUGAAAUUGAGAUCGCUGUGGAUGGUGAAGAUUUUUGCCUCCUGGAUGAGAAGAUGGGCAGUUGGAUUAUCUCAGUGCCGGAGGCUGAGCUUUUUAAAGCUCUUCUGACAAGUACCCUCUGGACUACUCAGAGGGAACAGUACAUGCAAGAAUACUGUAUUGACACUAUGAAGAAAAUCCUGCAGCACUCCAGCAUAAGGAAAAAUGUUCCCCCUGAGGUGACUGUGUCCCGCCGUGAGGCCGUGGAUGGCAUUACAACCCUCUCUUGCUCUGCUACUGGCUUCUACCCCAGCUCUAUCCUGUUGCACUGGCAGAAGGGGAAGGAGAUGAUUGUGGCUGGGAAGGAGAGCUCCAGUGGUGUCUUACCCAAUGCUGAUUCUACCUUCUUCCAACGAAUCACCAUUGAGCUCCCACCAGAGGACACAGGGAUCAAUUAUGACUGUGUAGUAGACCAUAUAGAGCUGGGGACACCAAAAACAUAUCCUGUCCACAUCAGGUAUCCUAAAAAGAGGUCAUGGACUGUAACUCUGACCAUCCUGGGUCUUGUCAUUCUGGCAUUAAGCUGUGCUGCAUCCUUCAUCAUGUGGAAGAAAAUCAAGACAGGCUACAGCAUCCAUAAGUGUAUUACAUUGGAAGACAUUCAGUUGGACCUUCAAGGACACUAG